UCCCGCUCCUUUCACCAAAGUUAUGAUAAUGAAUAAAUAUCGUGAUACUGUGAUUUGCUCUGUCUACUUCUGCUUCGCUUAGUUUGUACUCGUCAAUAAGUGAAAGAGUUCUUGGCAAUAGAACGCCAUGGCGAUGGCAAUUUCACGGUGCAUAGAAACCACGAUAUCAGCUCGAAUGAUAGAAUGGACGUUUGAGGGCCUUGGAACAGCUUUAUCCAUCGGAUCAAUGGUCGGGUUUACGGUAUUUUUGGAACUUCUGAUAAUGUUCAUGCGACCGGACAUCGUCGAUAUAGACAACAGAGUACGCAUCGUGUCUGCGGAAGACAUGCUCGACACUUAUGACUUUGUGAUAAUUGGUGGUGGAUCUGCCGGCGGUGUACUUGCCAACAGAUUAUCAGAAAAUACAGACUGGAAUGUCUUGCUUCUCGAAGCUGGAGAUGACGAAGAUGUCAUAUCUGAAGUACCGAUGAUGAUCCUCAACAUUCAGCGUUCUCACAUGGACUGGGCAUUCAAAACUGAACCUUCAACGAACUAUUGCAACGGCAUGAUUAAUAAUCAGUGUAGCUGGCCCAGGGGUAAGGUACUUGGUGGCAGCAGUGCUAUCAAUUAUAUGAUCUACGUGCGGGCGAACCGUAAGGAUUACGACAAAUGGCGAGACCUCGGCAAUCCAGGAUGGGGGUACGAGGAUGUUUUGCCGUAUUUUAAGAAAGCAGAGAACAUUUCAAUUCCUGAUCUUCGUGGAUCACCUUAUCACGGAGCCGAGGGCUAUCUCACCGUGGAAACUUACAGAUACAAGCAUCCCAUUGGAAGUUAUUUCAUGGAGGCCAUUCAGGAAAUGGGUUACGACGAAGUGGAUUUCAACGGAGAGACGCAAACCGGAGCUUCCUAUCCACAAGGCACUCUUCGAAAUGGCCUCAGGUGCAGCGUGGCGAAAGCCUAUCUACGCCCCAUAUCUAAUCGAACGAAUCUUCACAUCAGCACGAAUUCCAUGGUUAAUAAGAUUUUGGUAAAUGAAACGACAAAAACAGCGUAUGGCGUUGAGUUUGUUCGCGGGCACGUGACGUACAUCGUCCAUGCUAAGAAUGAGGUGAUACUAUCAGCGGGUAGUAUACAAUCACCUCAGCUACUUAUGCUCUCAGGAAUUGGUCCCAAAGAGGACUUGGAGGAUCUUGGAAUCGACGUUAUUCUCGAUAGCCCUGGAGUCGGGCAAAGUCUUCAGGACCAUGUCGCACUCGGUGGACUUACCUACUUGAUUGAUCCACCAUAUAAUCUGUCAACAUCGACAUUUUCAGCCGCUCAACAGUUUCUGAUCCAACGUAAAGGUCCGCUGUACGAUGUUGCAUUGGCUGAAGUAUUUGGAUUUAUGAAUACUAGAUAUUCGAACAGUUCCGAGGAUUAUCCAGAUAUCCAAUUGUACUUUGGAUCAACGGCUGAUAAUUUGAAUAGAGCACGUAUUGAGCACGGUUUCAGUGUAAAAAGUGACUUCUACGAGAGCUUAAAUGCAGACAUCAUUGAUAAGGAUUCGUAUGGUAUAAUACCACUCUUACUACACCCAAAGAGCAGAGGUUACAUCAAACUGAGAGAUAAUAAUAUUACAAGCCCUCCGAUGAUAAUUCCAAAUUAUUUCGACGACCCAUCUGAUUUGGAUGUUUUGGCAGAGGGAGCUGUUUUGGUCUACAAUUUUAGCCAGACCCCGACUAUGCAGAAACUCAACGCACGUCCUAAUCCCAACUUGAUUCCCGACUGUGCGAACUUGACUUUUCCAUCUCACGCUUAUUGGCGCUGCUACGCACGGUUCUAUUCGCUGACGUCUUACCAUCCAACUUCAACUUGUAAAAUGGGUCCCGCCCGUGAUGAAAUGGCCGUAGUUGAUCCCCGCCUGCGAGUCCACGGGGUGGAAGGUCUUCGGGUGGUCGACGCUUCAAUAAUGCCAAACGUCGUAUCUGGCAAUACCAACGCUCCAGUAAUUAUGAUCGCAGAAAAGGCAGCGGAUCUGAUUAAGGAAGAUUGGAAAUGGAAAGAAAUAUCUGCCGACUGCAACAAAAGUUUCAACCCCACAGGCGUAGAACAAAAAAAAGAUGGUGCAAUUUUAGCUCAGUAA